AUGUCCGUUACAUUGCAUACGACCCAGGGCGACCUCAAGGUUGAGCUUUUUUGCGAAGCGGUGCCUCAGACCGCAGAGAACUUCCUCGCACUUUGUGCAACCGGCGCAUACAAUGAUACCCCGUUCCACCGGCUCAUCCCUGGGUUCAUGAUCCAGGGUGGAGACAUUUCUCUCGGCCCCAUUGCGAAAGAAACAUCCACAAAGCCGAUGCUUGACUUCGAGAUCCCGAAAGGUGGCACAUCCAUCUACCACCCUGCAGCGAUGAAUCAAGAAAUUCAUCUCCCGUCUCUGCGUCAUAAUGCACGGGGCAUUCUGUCUAUGGCUUCGCGCCCAGUCAAGGACCGAACGGCGCCUGGGUCACAAGGCGCAACGGGCGCGACGAUCAACGGCAGUCAAUUCUUCAUCUCAUUCGUCCCGGCGCCGCACCUUGAUGGUGCCAGCACUGUCUUUGGAAAGGUAUUGAAUUUGACUGCCCAGGAUGAGGGUGGUGAUAUCUUGACGAAGCUUGAGAAGGCAAAUGUUAAAGUUGAUAAAAAGGGCAAGGUCUCUCAGCCGAAGGAGGGCGACGACUUUGAACCUUUCAAGAUCAACCGUGUCACAAUCCAUGCCAAUCCUUUUGCAACCUGA